UUCAAGAUAUUUUUUAAUUUUAUAAAAUUACAAUGAAGCGAUCAAGUGAGCAAUCGGAGCAUCUUUACGCAACAAAGAAGGCACGAGUAGUUGAUGCGUACGGAAGAUCAGUUGAGUCGAUGGACAUUGAACAAGACAGGAUUUUGCUUGUAGCAAAACUGACCAGACUACCACCUCUUACAGCGGUGAGAGGGAAGCUCAAACGACGAAAUAGACCCCAGCCUCAACCAGCACCACUCGAGAUUAGUUCGUGGGUGUUAAAACGAGAGUUUCCUUACGAAAAGGAGAGUAAAUACUCAAUAAAAAAGACCAAGCACAUUGAUGAAUUAGGAAGAUGUUUAGAGCCGGUAAGAUGCGUUAAACUGUCGAAUUUUGAGUAG